AUGACAGACAGUUUCCAAGUUAAAGAAGGACCACACCAAGGAUUCCUGUUCAUAAGUCCCCUCCUUUUUAACACAGUAAUAGAUGUCAUAACCAGAGACGUGACAGAGGGACCGCCUUGGUGCUUGUUCUACGCGGAUGACGAAGUACUAGUCGCCGAGAAUAAAGAACUGGAAAGGAGAUUCGAGGGGUGGAGAUAUGUUCUGAAAAGGAGAGGGAUGAAGAUAAGCAGGACAAAGACAGAAUACGUGACGAAUGGAAUGGAUGAAGACAAGCAAGCGACAAUCAGUUUAGGAGUUAACAUCAAGGUGGUGUAUGAACUGAAGUACCUUGGGUCAGUGAUGGAUGCAGCUGGUGGUAUGGGCAGAGAAACAAAUUAUCGAGUUCAGUAUCGCUGGAAAAACUGUAGGAAAGUAUCAGGCGUGCUUUGUGAUAGAAGAGAACCCAUUAGACUUCAAGGUAAAGUUCACAAAGCCGUAGUGAGGCGCGCUAUGAUCCACGGACUAAAAGCAGAGCCCCUGAAGAAAUCACGUGGCGAAAAUGAAGGUGCUGAGAUGAAUGAGCGUAAUGACCAGAAGGGAAAGGAUAAGAAAUAA